AUGAAUGUAGAAAGACAAGUAUUUGGUGCACCUAUCAGGAAAGAUAUACUUCAACGAGCAGUCAUUUGGCAGCGUGACUGUCUCAGACAAGGAACGCAUUCGACCAAAAACCGAAGUGAAGUAAGCGGAACAACCAGAAAAUGGGCUCCACAAAAGGGCAGGGGUAAAGCGAGAGUUGGUAGUCAUCGUGCACCUCAUUGGAGGGGUGGUGAGCCACGUUCUCACGCCACUGACCUUACACGUCAAGUCCAAGAGUUAGCCCUCCGCUCUGCUCUCGCUACAAAGUUUGCGCAAGACCAGCUUGUCAUCGUCCAAGACGUGCUUUUAGAAACAGAGAAAACAAAAGAAUUAAGAGCUAUUCUUGAUAGAAAUGCAUGGGACCCCCUUACCAAAGAUAGAAAACAAGGACACUCAAUCCUGAUCUUGACUAAAGAGCAUAAACAUAAUUUAGAUCUUGCCUCAAGGAAUCUGCAACGUGUUCAUGCUUUGACAGCAGAAGAAAUUCUUGAUGCGGGUGAUGUUUAUAAUAUCAUUGGUCAUGAAAUUUUGAUUAUGGAUAGGGAAGCGACAGAAAUAUUGCAAACAGCAUUGAAACCUAAAUGA